CACACAUCCUUUGGGCUUUUGUCUUUCUCAUUUUUUGCUUCUCUCAGUUGCUUUUCCUUCUCUCUCUAAGCAUCCCUUUCUUCUACGUCUCCGAUUUCUUCCUUUUCCAUCUUAUCCCUUCCCACUUUUCAGAUUAGACGCUUUCUGUAUAUAAACUAUUUUUAUUAACUAAUUACUAUUUUUUCCCAAUCAUUGAUAAUAACUUUAUUCUUCUCGUUUAAUUUGAAGAAUUUAUCAUUCCAAUAAUAAUGGAGGAUCGUAAAUCCGAAAAUAAUUCCAUCAACCAAGAAGAAAACCCUAGCACUAUUCCAGUUAAUAAUUCUGCUGGUAACAGUAACAAUAACGAUACAGAACGAGGCGGCGAUGGCCGCCGGCAGAGAACGCCGUUCACCGACCUCAGUCAAGAAGACGCCGAUCUUGCCCUAGCCCGGACUCUUCAAGAACAGGAGAGAGCUUAUAUGAUGUUAAGAAUGAAUGUUGGUGAGGGAAGUGAUUAUGGAAGUUGGGAAGGUGGGAGCUAUGGGCAUGUAGAUGACGAGGAUGAUGAUUUUGAUGAUCCCAGCGAAGAAGAAUAUGAUGGCAGUGAAGUAGAAGAGGAUGAAAAUGAGGAAGAAGAAGAAGAUGCAUUUGAUGUUAAUGCACAGGAUGAGGAAGAGGAGGAUGACAGCCAGAAUGUUGAAAUUGAUCCGUCUGCUUAUUCAAGUGAUGAAGCCUAUGCUCGAGCAUUGCAAGAUGCGGAAGAAAGGGAAAUGGCUGCUAGAUUGCUGUCCAUGGCUGGAAUAAAUGAAAUGGUUAUUGGUGAAGCUGAUGAUGAAGAAGAAGAUGAUGGUAAUUCUCAGGAUGCAUGGGAAGAAGUUGAUCCUGAUGAGCUAUCAUAUGAGGAAUUGCUUGCCUUGGGUGAGGUUGUUGGAACUGAGAGCAGGGGUCUUUCUGCCGACACAAUUGCCUCUUUGCCAGCAAUGAGCUAUAAGUCUCAGUGCACAGAGGCUGGAAGCACUGAUUCGUGCGUAAUUUGUAGGUUGGACUAUGAGGAAGGUGACAGAUUGACAGUGCUUUCUUGCAAGCAUUCUUACCACCCGGAUUGUAUAAACAAUUGGUUAAAGAUAAAUAAGGUUUGUCCGUUCUGCAGCGCUGAGGUCUCCACUUCGGGAAACAGCUAGCAGGAUCUGAAUGCUUUUUUAUUAUAGAAUAGGCCAAUACUCUGCAUAAAUUUGCAGAAAGUGGAGUGAUUUGUGAUAAUUACUGUUUUAAACAUAAGCUUCCUUGUUGGCCUUAAGAUCCUUGUAUGUGCUUUUGUAUCCAUUGUUGAUUCUGCAGAAUAUAAUUAGCCACAUUCGUUUUCACUUGCCUUUUUUGGGCAGCAUUUCUGCUUCCGUUUUUCCCCCAACUGUUUUGGAUUUGGUUUUGUGUCUGGACUUAUAUUUUGAUUUUGGUUUUGUGUCUGGACUUA